AAAAAACUCUUCCUUCUUCAUUCACGCUCAUCAACAACAAAACCAAUAUCUCCAAACCACCACAAACCCUUCAUCACCACAAACCCUUCAUCACCACAAACAAUCCAUCAUCAUGCCUCGCAACGGAGACGGUUCUUCUGACAACGGCCCCUUUGAGGAGGCCAAGCACGACAUCGUCCACGGCGCUGGCAAGGUCGAGUCUGACCAUGUCGACCGUGCCGACAAGACCGCUGACCUUCCUGAGGGCAAGGACGAGAAGGGCUUGGCUCUCGAGGGCGUCAACGCCAGCGGCGGCCAGAGCCAGGGCCUCGCCAAGGGCAAGGACGUCGGACAGGGCAACUAGAAGUAAAGCGAGGAACUUUCUAUUUGGCAGAGAGAUGAGAGAACAGAGGAUGAACAAUACCUAAUGCUGUCUGCACGGGAAAGUGCAUCACGAUGACAACGAAAUGAAUACAAAGAAAUGACCAACAA